AUGUCUCAAGAUUACAAGUUUCAAGGAUGGAUGGGUCUCGACAAAGACUCCGACAAGGGCAAGAUGGUAUGGCAAGGAUUUGAGCCAAAGCCUUUUGAGGAGACCGACGUCGAUAUAAAGAUCACACAUUGCGGUAUCUGUGCCAGUGAUCUGCACACUCUACGAUCAGGCUGGGGUCCAACAGACUACCCAGUCUGUGUCGGACAUGAGAUCGUAGGUCAGGCGGUUAGAGUCGGCGGCCAGGUACCUGGGGGCAUCAAGGUUGGUGACCGGGUCGGUGUUGGUGCUCAGAGUGGUGCUUGCCACAACAAGCAGGGUGACUGUGAAGCCUGCGCGGAUGGGAUGGAGCACCAUUGCAAAUACAGCACAGACACUUUCAACUCGAAAUGGCCAGAUGGCAGCAAAUCUUACGGCGGGUAUGCCGACUACUGGCGAGGGAAGUACUCGUUCGUGGUCAAGAUUCCAGAUGCCAUUCCAUCUGACAAGGCUGCACCUAUGUUGUGCGGUGGUAUUACAGGUUUCCACCCACUGAUACAGCACGGUGCAAACUCAAAGUCGAGAGUUGGUGUUAUUGGAAUUGGUGGUCUUGGUCACUUCGCGCUUAUGGGUGCUGCACAGGCACUUGGUUGCAAGAAGGUAGUCGCCAUCUCCAGAUCAUCGACUAAGAAGGAAGACGCCUUCAAGAUGGGCGCAACUGAUUUCAUCGCCACCGAAGAAGACGAGGAUUGGGCCGAGAAAAACGCCGGUACUCUGGACGUAAUCGUCAGCACGGUUUCGUCGCACAAGAUGCCUAUCGAGAAGUAUCUGCAGCUACUUGCGCUCAAAGGCACAUACGUUCAUGUCGGCGCACCAGAGGAUGCCAUUCCCGGCUUCAACAUGUUCUCGUUGAUUCCAAAGCGCGCUUCGAUCCAGGGCAGCAUGACUGGUUCGCCGCAGGAUAUCAUCGAUAUGCUCAAGCUGUUUGCCGAUAAGGGCGUAAUGACAUGGAACAACAAUGUGCCAAUGAAGAAGGCGAACGAGGCAAUUGUGGAUAUGGACAAUGGCAAGGCAAGAUACAGAUACGUACUUUGCCACGAGGACCACAUCAAGGAGGUCAAGUACAACUAA